AGAUUUCUUGUUUGCGUUGUGUCAUUGCUUCAAAUUUCCCCUUUCUUGUUUGUCUCCCUCUGGUCUGGCAAGGACCCAACUACGACUCUACAACCCCAAACCUAUGCAACAUCCCUCCCAAAGCCCAAUCAAAGCAAAAUAUCUCCUGUAUUGUUUCGCCCUCCAGAGCCAAACUCCAAUAUCAGCACUGGUCAAUGUAAGGGAAACUGUCCAUGUGGCAAAAUGUUUAAACCCCCUAUUGUUGCGCUUUUGUGGCCUCGACCUCGCGAUAACACCGCUCUCUCUGCUGCUCAUAUAUAUCAGGCUGUCCAAAUUUUUCCACUCCUAUACUGUGUGGCUAGUUUGGAAGAGAAAACUGUGGAAAAUGUCUCAGAGUUCAGGAAAGGUGAGUGCCAAAAACAAGGGAGCGUGACAAAGCCACGCAAACAAAAUGUCAGUCACAAAGACAACAAUGAAGAAACAACCACUGAUACGGCUAAAUGACACUUGAUGCUCAAAAUACGCAGAUUUUUUUGUGUUAAAACUGAUGCUGAUUUUCUGUUGUGAUGAAUUCAGAUCGUGCUUUAUGAGGGGAAAUGUUUCACUGGGAGGAAACUGGAGAUCUGCGGCGACUGCGACAACCUCCAGGACCGUGGCUUCAUGAACAGGGUCAACUCUGUUCGUGUGGAGAGCGGGGCCUUCAUCUGCUUCGACCAUCCGGACUUCAAGGGCCAGCAGUACAUUCUGGAGCACGGAGAGUACCCCGAAUUCCAGCGCUGGAAUGCCCAUAACGAUCACAUGGGCUCCUGCAGGCCAAUCAGGAUGGUAGGAGUGUGUGUGUGUUUGCAUGAGUGUGUGUGAAAAACCCCAGGGACAGGCAAAUAUUUGGCCGUUAAAGAGAAAAGCCUCCCCAUUUUGGUGCAUGUGUUUGUCCAACCAAUCAAAGACAUGUUAAGUGUACUUUUAUUAUAGUAAUCCCUGCAGUGCAGAGAAACAUGCAUCAUACUGUUUCUCCUAUCACAUACCGACAACAUCAUCUGAAAUAAAAAUACACUUUGCAAGCUCUUGAGACGCAGACUGUGGGCUAUCCAGAUCGUCCUCCACAUGGCGUUUAACCUUUAGAUUUCUUUAGGUGUGUUUGUAUAAGUGUUUGCGCGCAUAUAACAGUACCUGCCAUACAGAGCUGAAGGCCUUGCUCCUUUUGUUGCUAUGACUCAGCGAGAGCCUUCUCUUCAUUAUCCUCCCCAGCAUGGAGAGCAAUACAGGAUGGAGCUCUUCGAGGGAGACAACUUCACAGGCCAGUGCGUGGAGCUGUGCGAGGACUGUCCUUUCCUGCAGGCUAAAGGCCUCACUAAAAACUGCGUCAAGUCCAUCAAGGUCUACGGAGACGGAGCGUAUGUAUCCCUGCAGCAAAGAACGGUUCAAUCACAUCAAAUUUCUAACUCAGACUGUUAGAGAGUCACAUAUCUGUAGUAUACGACCCUAUCACAAUUAUGAGUGCCACCAUAUAACACUAUAUUUCACAAUAUCAAUAUAGCAGCAUCUCUUUACAAAAAUAGUAUUACAGUCGCUUACCAUGGGUGACUAGAACACUGACAAAAACCCUGAUAGGGACUCAUUUCCAGGUGGGGAGAGGGUUCAGAGGAUAUCAUUCCACAAAAUAUCCUUUAUUAUUGUGGAGUCACUUUAAAGCUCCAGUAUGGAGUUUUUGAGCUGGUCAUGAAAUGGUCUAAAAUGAACAUUAAUGCCUCCAUAUGAUCUAUAUAAGCAAGAAAGACAGUCAGCAUAAGGACUGGUAAAUAUUUGAUGUUUGUUCCAUGAUUAUUGUCACCACUGUAAUGGGGUUUGUGUUAGCAAAGCAUGCUAAAGACAAAGGCUUUUUUUUAAAUUCCAUGGUAAAUAUACAAAAUUAGGAUAAAUUUGAAUGUUAAAAAAUCCUAAAUUAAUCUAUAUUUAUAUAUUUGUGUAGAUAUAGCUAGAUGAAUAAAAUAUUCACAAAAUGAACACCAACCUUAAGUUCUUUACAGGAGCUUUAAUUCAAACUUUUUUGUUGUUGUUUGUUUUUUGCACAGAACAAAUUGUCAAACAUUAAAACUUAAAAUAUAUUGAAAAAAUUUUAAUUUUUUUUUUCACAUUGACUUUUAAUGCUUUUCACUGCUGAGGUAGCGCGUCAGGAAGGCGGGGUCAAGACAGAAGCUAUUCAAAAAGGUUUCCAGGAUAAAUACACAAAAUGAGGAUUAUAGUGUUUGAGUGUUAAAACAAGAGACUAUAUUUACAUGUGUAUUUGUAGAUUUAAUUAUUUAAUUAUUUUGGAUAACAUGACUAAUACAUGUUUGGAACUAAUUCAAAAUUUAACAAGGUGUGCCCCUUUGUCCUCAGGGGGCGCCAAAACCAACAUGUAAAAUCCCUUACAGGAGCUUUAAAUGAGAAUUUUAGGGUUUAUUUUGGCACAAAUCAAAUUGACAAACAUUACAACUUAAAAGAUUACUAGAUAGAAACAUACAAAAGAACUUUUUUCCAUUUUGCCUCUAAUGAGGAUGGUCAACUUUACCCUCAAUCACCUGACCUCACCAGAUCUGGCUUUGUACCGUACUUACUUUCUCAAACAGCUGGGUGUUGCACGAGGAGCCAAACUACCGUGGGCGCAUGUACAUCGUGGAGAGAGGAAACUACUCCACCCACACAGAGUGGCAGGCAGAGAAUCCCAACAUCCAGUCUGUCCGCAGGGUGGCAAACUACUUCUAAAGCAGCUCUCAGUCUGUGGCAACGUUACUGCAGGGAUGAGAUCAUCCACCGAGGGAAAACACAAC